CAAUAGGAGGGGGAGGGACAGAAGGAGGGAAGGAGGAGAAGGAGGAGGGAGGAGGUAAGAUGUGGACAAUAACUUAGGAGGUUAUCUUUGGGCAUCCAAUCUGCAUAUUACAUCACACUGAGAAAGACCACUGCCAGGAGUACACACACAUGAAAUGAGUAAACAAGAAAAUCGUGGUGCUGCUUUUUUUUUAAUAUAUUAUCAAUUUUUAAAACUCAUAGCCAAGUUCAAAAUAACAUUCUGUACUCACAACCAGAUAUGAAUUCUUACAUUUGUAUAUAAAGACGUGACAUCUUUAACACAACAUCUCAUAAUCAUUAUUUAAAAUAUAAAACAAUAGUGUGUUGCCAACCCAAGACAAUUUCACAUCUUUAAUACAAGUCUGAUAAAUGCUAGGUAAGCUUAAACAGCUAUGUAUUAAACCUUGAAAAAAGAAAAAUUGUCCACCAAAGGAAAACAUAAAUUAUUAAAUAUUAAGUUAAAAUUAAUUAAGAAAGUCCCUAGCCCAUGUCUCAUAAGCAGAAUAUUUUAAGCCAGAGUGGGCAUCCAGAAUUUGCUAGUCAUUUUCUUACUGUUUCAACUAAAAGAGUAGAAAAGCAACAUUAUAAGUUCAAAGUAAUCCAUUUUUAGAACACAGAGACUGGCACAGUAUUGAUAAAGUAGGGCUACUGUGUUAAAAUGCAAGCAGUAGCUGAGCAAACAAAAAUUAAUUUAAAUGAUAAUAUUGAAUAUAUAGUAUUUAAGGUAUUACUAUACCGCUACAUUCAAAUAUCUUGAUAUUUUAAGAACUUUGACAAUUCUGAAAAAAAUAUUAAUUGCAAGAUAUAAGAAAGCAAGACACUAAUUUCAUGAUUUAAGACCGAUUUCAAAUUUAAAGCUGUAUGUCAUUGUUGUCACAUGAAAAUACAGAAUUUAUAGGGUACAACUAAACUUGUUGCUUACUUCACAGCAAUUGCCAGUGUAUCCCCCAAAAGGAUUACAUUUAAAAGGUCUUUAAAAAGAGUCUGUGGUCUCCACUUCUGACUAUAAGCAUGGGAAGUCUCUAAACAAGCACCUUCCACCAUGGCUUUUCCAAAGCUGGCUCCCUCUCCAUCCCUAGCAGCCAUUUCUAACAAAAUGCAGUCAGUAUCAAAAAUGUUACCACGCACCAGUGUUGUCUUUAAAUUUCUACAACAAUGUCCAGGUUGCUCCUGAGUCUAAUUUGAAUUGGGAAGGGGAUAUGUGGACAAUGGAUGCAUAAAUUUAAACCAUAAUGUAACACUCCUGUUUUUCUCCUGUCAGAAUUUGAUGAACUUCCCACAAUACAGAAAGGCCAGGUUCAGCAGUGUCUACCAAACUCUUGUGUCAUGAGAGUAAAGACCGGAACUCACAGACUCAGGAAAUAAGGUUAGGCUAUCUGCAAAGGAGACCAUGUAAGUACAAGGUAAAUGAGAUGGUGGUAAAGAUUAUUCAAAUUAACUUUAGGUCAAUUUGAAUGACCAAAAUGUAUAUAUCUUUUUUGAAAAAAAAUAAGGAAAAUAUUCCAUGAAAGAUGAGGACUUAAAAGUCUUGGACACGCUAAGGAAAGGCAUUUACUUACUAUCCUAAAGCAACUACCCACACAUCUUCAUCUGCCAAGUGUACUAUUCCAUGUACACAUGGAACUAAGUUCAGAAACUCCACAGAUUACAUGGACAAGCCCUCCUUUUAUUUACUUUGGAUGCUAGAGAUAAAGAUCGUACUGGCACACUUUAUUUAUGAGAGGAUAAUAGAGCCACUUUUUUCUUCUCUGCAUGAAUAAUGACCCUAAAUGAAAACUUCAGUGUAAGAAAUGCUUUACAGUAAGAUAUGAGUCUGGCCUCAAAAUCAAACAACAGAAUGUAUUGCUGUGGUUUUGUCAUUAAAAGUUGAUUCUGAAAAAAAGAAUCUAGACACUUGAAAAAUAAGGGGUUAAAAUCAGUCCCAUGUCUAUGCAGGAUAUGUUAAAAAAAUUUUAAAGAAUCUUAUGAACAUGAUUUCAUAGACAGAUAACUUUAACAGGAACCCAAACCAGAUAAUGAGCUAUGUUGGGGUGGACAGACACAAAGAUAUUUUACUUCUGUCACCCUCUGAGUCGCUCCCUCUUACCUCCAUUGUGCACCCCAAGUAAUUUUUUGUCCUUCCAUGUCCCCACCCACCGCCAAAGCCAUCCGUUACAUGCCACUCCUGGUUACCAUCACACUAGGACGAAGUCUAACAUGCAAAUUCAGAGUGGCGUGGAUAAAUGGCAAGAAAUGCCUAGGAAAUUGGUCUGCUCGCCUUUAUAAUGUUUGUUGAAAAAUCCUCCAUCGCUCCCAACUGAUGAAAACAGGAAGCUCUAUUCAUAAAUGUGAAAUUCACUGCCUAUGAUAUAUAAUCAUCCUAAUAAGAAAAUGAGCUCUAGACAUACAUGUCCAAGAGGGCAAAAGAAGAGAUAGUUUCCCAAAGAUGGUUUCAAUUUUCUUCUGAAUCAGAAUUAGCAAAUCGAGACGACUAACAUACUCUGUCUGCGUGCAUUAUUCCUUACUACACACAGCAUUUUGUAAUUUAUUUCAAAGCUUCCAUUAUAAACAAAAAAAUACAGUUUCUGUUAACCCACUCUAUUCUGAACUAUGGAAACUACUGAAUAUCUCAUUAUAUAUGCAGAGCUGAAGCCCAAAGUCCUGUUACAGUCACUUCCAAGCGGACUAAAGAAUCAUACAAAACGUUUCUUUUAGAGAUAAAAUCCAGUCAUGCAGAAAAUUAACACUAUUCCAACAACCUGUAUCCUGCAGGUCUUGACAUUUGUUUUUUUUGGGGUUUUUUUUGUUUGUUUGUUUGUUUUUUAAGAUCUUCAAAGUAACCAAGGGAUGAUGGUAAAAAUAAUAUAAAUGAUACUAAUUACAUUUAAUCUUUAUUGUAAGAGCUACCACCUAAUAAAAAAAUCAACUACACAGUCAUGAUUUAGUAUUUGUAAAGGAAUCCCCAGGCUAACACUUUUGUGACAGCCAAUUACAGUCAAUCCCGGCAAGGAGUUUGCAAGCAGACCUUUGGAAAGGUAAACUGUUUUACAAUGAGUUACAGAUCUACAAGCUUAGGAAGACAAGCAGGAAAGAAGCAGCCACCCUGGGAAAUCCGAAGCAGCCCUGAAAGUGAUACAAUCCCAAGAUGUGACCCACUGCGAAGCAGCAGUUGUUCAGAACGCCGCACUCACUUGAAACAGUUUUGCUCACUUUUCCAUAGACAUAAUAAUGAAGGAAAGAGAGGAGGGGUAGAGAAAAGAGAAGAAAGAGCAGACGAGGGAAGGAGGGAAGGGGGGAGUAGGGAGGUGGUAGAAAGGAAAACCCUUAGCUGCAGAGUUCUGCUCUCCAAGUGCUUAACCUUACAGGAGUGUGGGCUCCUUCAGCAUUUGUAUUCUAUCCAAAUCCUCAUGAGUCACAAAAAUUAAAAAGCUAUAACCUUCUGAAUGCCAGGAAGGCCUCACCACAAGCCUUUUGUCAGAGAGGGAGAAAGGGAGGGGGAGGAAGGGAGAGAGAGAGGAAGGGAGGAAGGGAGAGAGAGCACCCAUAAGUAAAGAGACAGAAGGAAGGGAAGGGAGAGGACAACAGAAGAGAAAGAGGGAGGGGAGGGGAGAAGGAAAAAGAUUGAGAAAGAGGGAGGGGAGAGAGAAAGGGGGAAGCCACAGUGGUAGGCAGUCCCACUUUACUUUGAGUACUGUGAGGUCACAAACCACAUGAUUCUGUCUCUCCAGUAAUAGUGCUUGCAAAAAAUAGGAGUUUUAAAGCUUUUGCUUUUUUGGAUUGUGUGAAUGCUUCAUUCGCCUCACAAACAACCACAGAACCACAAGUGCGGUGCAAACUUUCUCCAGGAGGACAGCAAGGAGGCCCUGGUGUUUAAAUGGUUAAUCUCUGCAGGUCACUACCAGCCACCGAGACCAACCGAGUCAGUGAGUGCUCUGAGCACAGUCCAUGCAGUAAUAUUUAAGGCUGCAAGCAGUAUUUACAACAGAGGGCACAAGUUCUAUCUGGAAAAAAAAGGAGGGACUAUGGCGUCAAACAGCCUCUUCAGUGCAGUGACACCGUGUCAGCAAAACUUCUUUUGGGAUCCGAGCACCAGCCGGCGCUUCAGCCCCCCCUCCAGCAGCCUGCAGCCCGGCAAGAUGAGCGACGUGAGCCCGGUAGUGGCUGCUCAGCAGCAGCAGCAGCAGCAGCAGCAGCAGCAGCAGCAGCAACAGCAGCAACAGCAGCAGCAGCAGCAGCAACAGCAGCAGCAGCAGCAGCAGGAGGCGGCCGCAGCAGCAGCAGCGGCAGCGGCGGCGGCAGCAGCGGCGGCAGCCGUGCCCCGGUUGAGGCCGCCGCACGACAACCGCACCAUGGUGGAGAUCAUCGCGGACCACCCGGCCGAACUGGUCCGCACCGACAGCCCCAACUUCCUGUGCUCCGUGCUGCCCUCGCACUGGCGGUGCAACAAGACCCUGCCCGUGGCCUUCAAGGUUGUAGCCCUCGGAGAGGUACCCGAUGGGACCGUGGUUACCGUCAUGGCCGGGAAUGAUGAGAACUACUCUGCCGAGCUACGAAAUGCCUCUGCUGUUAUGAAAAACCAAGUGGCCAGGUUCAACGAUCUGAGAUUUGUAGGCCGGAGCGGACGAGGCAAGAGUUUCACUUUGACCAUAACGGUCUUCACAAAUCCUCCCCAAGUGGCCACUUACCACAGAGCUAUUAAAGUGACAGUGGACGGUCCCCGGGAACCAAGAAAUCCCAGGCAGACACAAUCCUCCCCACCGUGGUCCUAUGACCAGUCUUACCCCUCUUAUCUGAGCCAGAUGACGUCCCCAUCCAUCCAUUCCACCACGCCGCUGUCUUCCACACGGGGCACUGGGCUGCCAGCCAUCACCGACGUACCCAGGCGUAUUUCAGAUGAUGACACUGCCACCUCUGACUUCUGCCUCUGGCCUUCCUCUCUCAGUAAGAAGAGCCAGGCAGGUGCUUCAGAACUGGGCCCUUUUUCAGACCCCAGGCAGUUCCCAGGCAUUUCAUCCCUCACUGAGAGCCGCUUCUCCAACCCACGAAUGCACUAUCCAGCCACCUUCACUUACACCCCGCCAGUCACGUCAGGCAUGUCCCUGGGCAUGUCCGCCACCACUCACUACCACACGUACCUGCCACCACCCUACCCCGGCUCUUCCCAAAGCCAGAGCGGACCCUUCCAGACCAGCAGCACUCCAUAUCUCUACUAUGGUACUUCGUCAGCGUCCUAUCAGUUCCCAAUGGUCCCCGGGGGAGACCGGUCUCCUUCCAGGAUGGUCCCACCGUGCACGACCACCUCGAAUGGCAGCACGCUAUUAAAUCCAAAUUUGCCUAACCAGAAUGAUGGUGUUGACGCUGAUGGAAGCCACAGCAGCUCCCCAACCGUUUUGAAUUCUAGCGGCAGAAUGGAUGAGUCUGUCUGGCGACCCUAUUGAAGUCUGUCAACCGUGCAUGGCCCAGUGGCAUGCAGUGGCCACGUCCCACAUGUGUUAAUAUAUACAUAUAUAAAGAGAGUGCCUAUAUAUGUAUAUUGAUUAGCUAUCUAGAAGAUUUCUCAUUCACUCCCCAGUUGUGAUCUGGCAACCCUAAGAGUGUGGGGACAGUCAUUACUGGGUUUCAUAUUGUUUACUAUUUAAGAUGUCUCCUCUACCAAGGAGCAGACCGUCAAAGGUGUUAUCUGGUCUGGUUUCGUAAGUGACCUGUUCCCACAACAAUUCAGAGAGGUGGACUCUGGGUCCGGGAGGAAGAACGGCCACUUCCUCCCUGUGCUUUGCAACCAAAUCAAGGCCUCUGCUGUGUGGAGGCCUGUGCACUCUGCAGACCAGCUUACAAAGCUGUGGUGCACUCGGAAAGGGACGAGAGGCAGCGUGGCUGCUUCCCCUACCGUCCACUCUGAAUACCUGUUCCAAAGCUUCCCUUCAGACUUGAUGCAGGUAUGCGUUUGAACUUUUGAGUUCACUCUUUUUUUUUUUUUUUUUCUAUUCUAAGAAAGUGACUUCAAAAAUACUGAUCAGGACAGAUUAUUUUAUUUUACUUUUUUAAAAUAUUCCCUCACUUCCCCCAUUUAACCAAAAAAUAAGUCCCAUUCCCCUCCCCCGUGCCUCCUGCUUCUCCCUUUAUGCAAAACUGAAAAUGGCAAUAUCUUAUUAUAGCCAUAAUGAUAUAGUGUUUGAGUUGGCUGUGUGUUGUUUGUUUUUACUUUCUUUUUUUCCUUUUUUAAGUUAUGAAUAUGUGUAAAAUCUGAAGUAACUUGCUAACGUGAAUGGUCAUAUAACUUUAAAGAUAUAUUUAUAAUUAUUUAAUGACAUUUGGACAUUUGGAACAUUUCUUAGUGUAAUGGUCUGUUGACUUCGGUCUCUAAAAGUGCUUCUUCUUAAAUAACAAGUUUCUUCAGUGGGCUAGAGCCAUAUCGGAAAUAUUGCUAAGCAAUUUCAAUUCCUUCAGGCAUAAUGUGAUUUUUUUUUUUUAUGAUAACUCCCAUUUCCAAAUAUUUUAGUUGUAGUUUUGUUUCCAUGAUGUAUGAAGGAAAUGCUAUGCUUCUUUCUUUCAGGUGUUUGAUUGCCUCUGACACGGCUUUACCUGUUAAAGCAAUAAUUAGGGAUUAAAAAACAAAACAAAACAAAACAAAAACCACCUAUAACCCUGCAGCCCUUUGACGCUUAAUGCGGCCUCUUUGCUAGCAUUGAAAUGCUGGAGACAUGUGGUUUCCUAAUUUCUUCAUUUUUGGGGGGUGGGGGGUUGGCCAUUAUGAGUCUUGUCAUAUUAAAAAGCCAAGCACAAGUGAUUGGCCGAACUGCAGAAAAGUGUUCUGUGGUCUCAGAGUUGAGCAGAACUCUAAAUUGCAGGCUUCGUGGUUGAGGGCCUAGGCAGCUGAAAGCCACACGUGUAGUAAAGGCUCAACCAUGACACGUACAGCCUAGGAACACAGAUGCAUUAGGAGUCUGCACCCCCCCCCCAGCCUUACCACACAGCCAUUCAGGGGAACCCAAAAGUGCCUUACCCAAGGAGCCCCCACCCCCAACAGCAGCUUUGCAGGAAGUGGAAUGAAGUCAAUGUCCUAGGGGAGCUGGUCAGCUGAAGUAGUAGCUGAUGUCAGUAGACACAGAGCCUGUGGGGACCUCCAGGAAGCCUUUGAUACUCAAGGCUCUCACUAGGGAGGGCCGUAGAGAGCAGGGAAGACAAUGUAUGUAGCAGUUGGUGUCUGCCAUCGUGUGUGAACAUAAGAUCCAGCCCUCCUAGGAGGACGUACUGUGAUCAUUCCUGGCACCUUGUGGCCAAUCCCUGAGUGUGACUCCCUAAUCCAAGCCAGAGAUCAUUCAGUGACACCACCAGGCAAGUGCUAGCAUUCCUCCUGCACAAAGUGUGUUUGUUGGGGGUUGGGGUUGGGGGCCACCUUCCUUUGAAUCCAGAGCCAUUCUAAGAGUCCUUCAGGCUUUUGCCUUUAGCCCCUACACCCCCUUGCUCUCUGUUCCUUCUCAGGUUGACCUUUGUCCCAAUGUGGGACAGUCCAGGGGCAGAUGGGGAACUUAUGUGUGCCUCCAACCUGUGUUUUCCCUCAGGAUUCAUCCUGACUCCUUCUGACACAAAUUGAGGGGGAAAGAAACCCACCCAGUAGCAAACCGAAACACUUUGCCUUCUAAAGGUUGUGUACCAAGUAUGCACAGAUAGAUGGUCAGGCCACCUUUGUGUUUCUUGAGAUGGAAUUUGUAGCUGAUGCUAUUUAUUGUCUGUGUGUGGUAGCUUGAAGCACACCACGGUCCGUGUGUUUGUCUGAUGCCUAUUUCAGCAGCAUUUACAAAAGUCAGUGUCUGGUUACACUUUUUAGUUUUCAUUAAUCGACAUGGAAAUGUUACCACCGGUGCCAGCUGCACCCUAUUUAACUUCUUUUCAAAGGCACUAUAUUUGUACAUUAUUAUUUUUUUCUUUAACGUUAAAGGGCUUCUUAAAGUUUACAAUACAGUUAUUAAGGGACUAGAGGGGAUGCCUUAGUGCCCAAAUGUUAUUACAGUGGCUGCAGGCAGCAACCCAGAAACAUUUUUGAAAACAGGUUGUUUCCCUCCAUCCUCCCUUAUUUGGGAAAAAUUCAAGUGCUUUCUUCACCCUUCAGCCACCUCACAGGGUGACUCCCGUUACAACAGUCUCCCCCAUUCCCCCACUAUGUUUUAAAUUUUCCCCUUCCCCUCCCUUUAUCUCUUAAACUCUUCAUUUGCACUGGGUCACAUGUAUGAUUUGUGGUUUUAAGACCAAAGCAAUGUCUUAAUACUCUCCUGGGACUGUUUUCGUGUACAAACUUCCCUGGGCUUAGAUGGACAUGGUUCUCGAAGGAGCACAAACAUGGCUGAGAUUUGCAGUGGGACCGACACAGCCAUAUAAAAAAAAAUGCUCUUCAGUUAUCUCAGAAUUUUAACCUAGGCCACAGUUCCUAACGGGCACCAUGGCUUUGGUUUCAGGUUAGGGAAUGAGGCGCACCCAGCCCAUAAUAGAAAGACUUACCAGAUUUAACUAGUUGGCUCUCAUCCUUCCCUCCGAGACCCUAAGAAAACGAACAGAGCAACAUCUCCACAUCAUUAGAGACUGUCCACAGUAGGUUCAGAAGGGAGCAGCCAUGUUGGGGGUUCUCCUUGCUCCAAGGAAAGGCACUGACUGACCUAGUUUUAGAGAACAGUAGCGGGAGCAUUUGCAUCCACAGUGUUUGAGAGGGUAAUAAACAAUAAAAGAUGAUUCUCCCAGCCUUUGAAUUCAUUGUUCUUAAAGAUGAUGAUGCAUCUAAAACAAAGAUUUUUUUUUUCUCCUCCUAUGUGGGAACUUUCUUCGUUGUCUGUUUACUUCAUGUUUACAAAUAAUUGUUUGCUUUUUAAUGCAGUACUUUAAAAAUAUAUCAGCCAAAACCAUAACGUACAGUAAUUUCUUAGGUAUUCUGAAUAAAAUUCCAUGUCUUUCGAUAUGCCUACUGUUCUUAGGUUUCUGCGGAACAACAACAACAACAACAACAAAAAAAUUGUAGCAUUUUGUGUAAAUAACAGCUUUCGUUCUUAUUUUUUUAUUUCUCUGAUUGCUAUUGCCCAAGAUUUGCUUUCCAUGCACAUAUUGUACAAAUUCUGCUUUGUACCACACAGGUCACGAUUGUGGAUGAGUUUACUCUGAACUUCAAAGGGACUAUUUGUAUUGUAUGUUGCAACUGUAAAUUGAAUUAUUUGGCAUUUUCUCCCCUCAUGAUUGUAAUAUUAAUUUGAAGUUUGAAUUUAAUUUUCAAUAAAAAGGCUUUUUUUUUCUUUGGUUUUGUUAUGUGUGUAUACUGGGUCUUCUCUCAUCUGUGUCUGACUCUCACUCCUGCCUACAGCUAAGAGGUACCAGAGCUACAGAACAGCAGGGGUCCUGAGUCUCUUCAGAGAGAGGAACCUCUUAGGGAGCACUGUGUUCCCUUGUUUUCCCUACAUCUGGGGAAGCAGGCAGAGCCUCUAGCCAUCAGUGUGUGUCCUUAGUGCCCAUGCCUGAAGAAGGGGGUACCCAUGCCACCCUGCUGCAAAGCCUCUGACUGUGUCAGGCAGUAUAGACCUCUGAGGACAGGAAUUGGACCCAGCAAUUGACCACCCUCCUCCCAGCUUUCCUCAGACUCCAGGUAGCCCAGACACCACAGGGAGUUGUGUAUUUUCCUUCCCAUAUCUCUUUUUGGGUCUUCAGAAACAAAAAACAAAGCCCUGUAGCAAGUAAAUUGGCCCAGAGGAAUUCAGCUUCGGAAGUUAGGGAACCUAAGUGUAGUUUGAGGACUUUUGUUUUGUUUUGGGACCAGUAUUUAUUUUUGGUAAAUCCUUCCCCUUCCGUGAGACUGAGUUGUUACUUGCUUCAUGGCCCAUCUGUUUGACUUUCCACAGUUCUAAUUUAAGGGUCUAGAGAUGCUGGAUCAAUGGCCACCUCGGCUUCUUUAUCCCAAUGGGUAAAGGCCUCCUGUAAGAGGAUCCUUACCCAAGAAAUCUUGAAAAGAGCUUAUUUCUAAGAUAAAGAGACAUCCUAGAAGAACCUGCCUGAACUUUGACCAAAGUUUGUAGCUUUUUCAAGAUGAAUAUUUAUUUAUUUAAGUUAAACAUUUGCGUGGCUUUCAAAGGCACACAGGAGGGGACACAGAAUCAGUCUUGGUCUUUCUUAUUUUGUCCCUAGCCACAUCUCUUCACUUCUCUAAGUGAGCCUUGAGUUUCUCGCUUACCUAUCAAGAUAGGCCAAAGAGAUCUCUGUUGGGUCCUGAGCCUUGUGGCUCAGUAGUCCCAAAUGGAUACCAAAAGUACCUCUCAAUCCCAGCCACCCAAAAUAGCCCUAGGCAUCACCAAAUGGGCAGCAUCUUUAUGGCUGGAGUCUUUGCCCAGAGUCUUAUGUGGAACUGGUCUGAGGCGAUGACUGAGCGGGUAGGAGAGGGAUGACUGAGCUAGUUAGAGAGGGAUGACUGAGACAGUAGGAGAGGGAUGACUGAGCUGGUAGGAGAGGGACAACAGAGCUGGUAGGAGGGGAGCUGCCCCCUAAACCAAGGCCAUCAGCAGAAGACUGAGGGGCUCCCCAGUAAUGCACACAUGUGUCCCUUUUCCAUCCCUUUAUGUGACAGACCUCAAGGAUUGGAUGGAGUAGUCCUGGCUCAUCUGCACACCUUUCUUUCCUCUCUCUUCGGGCUCCAGGCAGCACAGCUGGGCCUGAAGUCUGCUACAAGGCCAGCAUUUCUCCUGGCUGUUCUGUUUCUUCCCUGCAACGACAGGCAGAAGAAGAAAGUCAGCUUUCCAGUGCUUCUGACCCCUGGUGUCCCAAAUAUUUAAUCAUGAGACAUUUCUGUGAGAGUAGGAGUUUCCUGUUAACUCACUCUCAGCCGAGACUGGCCCAAUAAACACCUUCGCUCUCUGUUACAGAGUUUAUUUGGCUGGGAAAUGGGUAUUGCCAUGUAAACAGGAAGCUCCCUGAAGUUAUUAUCUACAGAUGUGGUUGAAGAGCCACAUGUUUGUAUUUAUGAGACUCGAAAACAGUCUGGAAAGCAAGGGAGGAUGGCGGAGAGCCCUUGGUCACGGCACAGGUCUUACAGCCACACAGGCUUGCCCCCCACCCCCAUUCGUUUUGAAAAUGGACGAGAAGCAGACAACCAAGAGCCAAGGUGAAACAGUGACAAAGCCACCUAUGUUGUCGGGUGAGAGGUAGGGAAUCCAUUUGUGGGCUCUGUCUCAGCUCUGUGAAAGUCAGUUUGGAGACCUUUCCUAGAAAACAGUGCUACAGCCUAGUGACUGAGGACAGCAAUGUUGGAGCCAAAGGUCUCUCAGGGGAGGUGGAAGACUCCUUCUCUGACUCCUGCGACUUCCGUGGUGUCACGAGUUCAUCCACAAAAGGCCACAAGCAUUCACGCAUGUGCUCCUAGUGUCAGUUCUGAGAGACAUGUCAAAUCUGCUUGCACCCAAGGGCUGCUCACCCCUGCUCACCGCAAUAUGUUCCCCACCGUGGCUGUCCUCUUCCCUUCUGGACUUUGAGUUAAGAGAGGCCAGGUAGGGUGACGAACAGACUCUUCUCUCCAUCCUUCCUAUGUGUCCCAUCAGCCUCCUUGGGAUGUCCUAGGUGCUUCUCAGCAGUAGCCAUUCAAUCUGGAGACAUUGGGAGCGAGAGUUUUGAAGGCUUCUCCUCAAAACCUAGAUUAGAUGACAGUAUAGACAAUAGACUGUGCUGCUGGCGAUGAUGUAAUCACGAAAACAUGCCCGAGGGAAGGAGAGGAGAGGAGAGGAGAGAACCCCACUGGAUAAAACUGAAGUGCACACUCCUAGGGAUGGCAUAGAUUGGCCUGAGGUGUGAUUUACUGGGUUUUGGGGUUGGCGUGGGGGAAGCCCUGCUAUCCCACAAUUAUCUUCUUCCCGUGGACAAGGGACACAGGAUGUUCCUUGAUGAACUUGACAUUUUAAGAAGAGGCUUUUUAUUCAAAGGCUUCUUGUGACUCAACCCAGCCCUGUUGGUUAGAAUUGCCCAGCCAAUCAGAAAGCAGAAAGACAUAAUUCUGAAAACUUGUUUAACCUUUACUAAGACCUACAUCAUUUUUUGUCACAAUGGUGUCUGACCACCUAGCACAGUUGUUUGUUUUGUUUUUAAGCUAUUUUAUUUAAGUUUUUUUUUUUUUUUUAGCAUCGCAGGUCUUGCUUUCUUCUUUCCACUCACCAUGUAUGUGUGCUUGGUGUGCAUGUUUAUUUGAGUGUGUGUGCUUACACAUAUAUGGGAACGAUGUGCAUUGCACGAAGGGCCCAAGGUUGACCUAUGGAAUCACUUCAAUCACCCCACACUAUAUUCGUUAAGGCAGGGUCUCUCAUUUGAACCUAAGAGCGCACUGAGAUGGCUACUCUGCCUAGCCAGCUUGUCUUGGGGCUCUCCUCUGCCUUCUCUGUCUCUACCUUCAAAGUAUUGGCAUGGCAGAGAGUCUGCCAUGCCCACUAUAUUUUCCUGUGGGUUCUGGGCAUGCAAACUCAAGCCAGUCUUCAUGAUUCUGAGUCAGAGACUUUAUCCACCCAGCCAUCUCCAUAGUUCACUUUUUAAAGGCCAUGUGCUCUUACCAGCUCAUGUGGGCCCACUCUGAGAGCCACUAGGAAGUGAAAUAUCUCACCCAUCAUUUGUAUAAAGCAAACAUACAGGAAAUCUCUCUCUCUCUCUCUCUCUCUCUCUCUCUCUCUCUCUCUCUCUCUCCCUCAACAAAAUUCUGCUGGAAGACAAAGUGACAAAGGAAUGUGACUUGAUUUAGGACCAGAACAAAAAUACACCAGUCUUCACGUGGCAUUGUGCUCUACAGGUCUUAGGAGCCUUAGUACUGGAGCCUUAGUACUGGAGCCUUAGUACUGGAGCCUUAGUACUGGAGCCUUAGUACUGGAGCCUUAGUACUGGAGCCUUAGUACUAGGAGUCUUAGUACUGGAGCCUUAGUACUGGAGCCUUAGUACUGGAGCCUUAGUACUAGGAGCCUUAGUACUGGAGCCUUAGUACUGGAGUCUUAGUACUGGAGCCUUAGUACUGUAGCCUUAGAACUGGAGCCUUAGUACUGGAGUCUUAGUACUGGAGUCUUAGUACUGGAGCCUUAGUACUGGAGCCUUAGUACUGGAGCUAGCCUGAGUGUGGGGGGAGGGGAGAGAAGAGCUGAGCUCAAGCAUAGGGCACUUAGAGGUGGUGUGUUAGGUAGGCGUUCCAAGAGCUCCUAAGGUAGAAUCUCACAAUGGGUUGAUUUAAAUGUACGACAGAUUAUUAUUUAAAGCCAGCACUAAGCUUACCCAGCACUUACAGGGGCAGGGGCAAUGAAAUGGUUUAAGGCUUGUAAUGCCUCUGUCAUCCUCUCUUCCCUUAAUCAAGUCAUAGACGUCUUUUGGACACCAUCCUUAUCAGCUAGUCAAGCAGAUGACCAGUUUCUGUCUCCGGGUCCUCCUCAUGGUUCUGCCUCCAAAAGAGAGAGGGGCUCUUGGCCUCUACUGGUCCAACCUUCGGCCUAACUUUUCCACUGGAAUUUAAUAUUUAAGAUUAUAGACCAUGAGGGUCAUGAUGUCUUUGCCCCUUUGGCAGGGGCUGAGGAAACUUUGGCAGGGACUCGGGGGGAGGAGUCCGUAGGCAGAGAAAAUGUGUCUGGGUAUGAACUGUUGUCCUUGGGGCACUGGCAGAGGAGAAAGUCUAAGAUAAUCAUGGAAGAGGAUUCUCACUGGAAUCUUCUAGAACAGGUGGUACAGAAAGAGGCUGGUGGCACCAGCUUGCAGUUCUGAGCCACAGGAGGCAGAGAAGUAUCUAAGAAGGGAGUAAGUGUUGAGUCUGAGCAAGGAGUUAAGUGGUUAAUAGGAACUAGGGCUCUUUAUUGGCUAAUAAAACCUCUCAAGGAUUUAUAUAUAUGUAUAAUAUGGUUCCUUCAGGCUCCUAGCCCAGUGCUCAAAACCAGAAAAAAAGAUAAAAACAACAACAAAAAGCGAAUGCUUAAAUACCAGUGCUGCUCAAGUCUUGUUUACUUUUUCAUUUCCGCAAGUUGUUAAAAAAAAAAAAAAAAAGAAGCCUUUUAUAGUGCUUCAGAUUUAUCACUCCGGAGCUCAGGACCAGAGUCUUACCUCCUCAGGAAAGGAACCCAUGAACCCAGCCUCUCUCUGUUUGGGGAGAGGGAGACCCAUGAUGAAGACUUUAGGAAGAAAGCAUUGGCAGGGAGGAGGGACAGACACUGGGCCACGUCUCUGGUCCUGAAUGCAAAUGAUCUCUGUCCUUUUAUUACCAGGGGUACUGUUCUCCCGACAGAGCGGGAUGUUCUUGCUUUUAAUAAUAGCCAGACCAGAUGCUAACUGCUCCCCAGCGACACGCUGGAUGAGGGAGAAGGCAGGCAGCUGAUUCCUGUUAAGAAGAACACCAAGAGAAUAAGCCAGAAAGUAUGAGAAUUCUCUGGAAGCUUUUGCUUUGUAAACCCCUGUUUGGCAGAAAGAUCACAGAAUCCGAGCUGAAAACACAGCGUGUCCCCCCUGCGCCCGCUCCCCGUCCCGCUGCUUACUGGGACCCUGGAGCCUCUUGCUUUUGCCAUGCAGCCCUGUUCUGAAUUAUCCAGGGGACAGGCCCCAGGUUCCUCUAGAGGGAGGGUCCAAAGCUCUGGUCCCCUUGACUUUGAAUGACUGUAGAAAAACAGUCAUCAGUAGGAGGAACUUUUCACUGGCUCCUUUGCCAUAGAAAAUAGUAAAAUCCUGACCACGGGCCAAUUUUUAAAAAAUGGCGUCUUUGUUCCAUCUUUCUGACUCCUUCUUCCCCUGUCAGAGCCCAUCAAUCUGUCAGAUACUAUUUUGUUUUAGCAUAUGAGCCAUUCGCAACAGGCUUUCUUCUUUCCCAGGGACCUAUCGGAGAGUAUGGCUUCUUGUUCUGAGAGGAGCGAUAUUAUUUCUGGGAGACUGAGGUACCCCAUGACAGGGGUCUACGUAGAGCUUUAUCACCUUGGGAUUUGGUUCACGUGGCCGUAUGGGAGGCUCCCUUCAACAACUACUUUCGGGCACUUUGUUGUUCUUCCUGCCUGCUUUCUCAUCAGUACCCUAAAGAUCCCUUUUUUCCAUUCCUUCCCUUUGACGCAGAAAGAGCUCCCUUUUCCUCCCAUGCUCUACGACUUCCGGGUAGCCCAGAUGGUAAAGGGGGGGGGGGGGAUGGCGGCCUAAGGUGCUCCUCUCUUAGGAUGGCGCUGAAAGCUGAUGUUUCAAUUUCUCUCUGGAGUUAACUCAGAUCUGGUAGCGGUCACAGAGUGCCUUGGGCACCUGGUACUUUUUGCAAUGUUUCUUUUGUUUUAUCUCAGUUUUCCCAGCAGCCCCCGAAGAGGCUAACAGUGUUUCUGUUCCCACUUCACUGAUAGGCAGCUGGGGGUUCAGACUUGUCCCGGGUUACAGGGUUAUUAAGGCUCAAGCCUAGAUCUGCCUGAUUGCCGAGGCAGCGCUCCUAAGUCCCGGAUUUUCACACAAUCUCCCUUCUCAUCUAUAUAAUGGAGGCUAUGCGAAGUAAAUGAAUUAACGAGAUACGAAAAUGCCUUGCAAGGUGUCUGGCACGUAAUAGGUGUAAAAUAGAGGGCACCUUAUUACUGCUCAUGAUAAUUAAGAUGAUUACUUUAAAAAGCAUACCAAAAUCUUUCAAUUAGUUUGAAUCACAAUAAAGCCAGGGCCACAAGUGGACAUUUUUUUUAAUGUACAAUUUUAACAUUUAAAACAUCUGACAGUGACAGUUUUCUAAAGAAUUUGAACCUUUCCCACCCCUCCCCCAUUUUCUUUAAAAAAAAAUGUAUGGGUAUCGGUAGGCACCAAACCCCAAAGCCUUAGGCUUGCUAGGCAAGCACCUCACCACUGAACUAAAUCCCUGCUUCAAAUCCCUUACCCGUUUUUCCCCCUGUCAAAUGUGAAAGCUGCUUUUAAAACUGGCCUCUUACCAAGGCACCUUCCCUAAGCAACACAGAACCCUCACAUCACAUCAGCCAAGUAUACAGCACAUCCACACGUUCAGGACGGAGAUCUUGACCCUAAUUUGACCCCAGCUAUUAUGGUCUCUUCCAAGGUUUUCCAUUUAGUUUCACAUAAACAGGACUACUGGCAAAAAAAAAAAAAAAAAAAAAAAAAAAAAAGAAA